GCGUGUGAGAUGUCUCUCCGCACUCGAGGAUCGCGAUCAGUCGCUGGCAAACCUUCCGGGUCUCAUGUCCAGUUCGCACAUUGAGACAAAUCUUUUCAGACGCUCUCCCAAUUGAAUAUUCAGAUAGUGAAGUGAGAACUCACAACAGAAGUAGACACUCUGAGUGAUAAGUUAAUCUCGCACAGUGCUUUUGGUGAUUUAGUGAUAAGUUUUGCGCCCUCUCAUGAUCCUUGAGGAGUGCUGUACACGCAGAAAAUCCUUGCACGAGUGACUGGAGGAAAAGUUUUCAACCAUUAGACGAUAAGGAGGACACGAUUGGAGCUCACAAAUGGCGGAAGCUCAAGAUGCUGUUUUCGAUAGGAUCAUGGCCAUGGUUGGGGACAGGGGAGCCUUCCAGACGCGCUUCAACUACAUCUUCAAUGUGGGACAGAUUAUAUUCGCCUCGAUGGCCUGCAUGAACAUCAUCCUGGCCCUCAGCGUCCCUGAUCACUUCUGCCAUGUGCCCGGUCGCGAGAACACAAAUCUCACCCUGGAGGAGUGGAAUAAAAUCGUGUUGCCCAGGGAGAUGGACAACCGGGGCAUGGAGGUGUUGAGCUCGUGCGACAUGUACAACGUCACUGGUGUGGAUGUCCAGCAAAUCUUGUCGAAUACCACAGAGAGGGCAGAGGGGUUCAAUGAGCCAAUUAGCUGUGUCCAUGGCUACACUUACGAUAAGCAGUGGUAUGAGAGGACAGCGGUGAGCCAGGAGGAUUGGGUCUGCGAGAAGGAUCUCUACGUCACAAAUACAUUUGUGUUCAGUCGUAUUGGUGAAGUUUUAGGAACGUUUAUCUUUGGUCAACUCGGUGACACACAUGGACGACGGAUAGUAUACUAUAUCAGCGUAGUUUUGACGAUUUCCGGUCGAAUGCUGUCCAUUUUCACCUCAUCGUUCUUCAUCUUGUUCGCAAUUGCCUCAUCGUUGGGCUCCUGUGCCACUAAUUCUGCCUUUCAGUCACCCCUAAUUAUCGCCAUGGAGACAUCUAAUGAUGAGGCUCGAGCACACAUCGCCAUGAUGCAGUGCAUCGGAUGGACAGCUGGCCUGUGCAUAAUGCCCAUGGUGUUCUGGUGGGUUCGGGACUGGAUGUGGCUCAUCGCCCUGACGACGCUGCCCUACGGCAUUUUCGCCCUCUUCCCCAAGUACAUGAUCGAGUCGCCGCGAUGGCUGGCCAACCGGCGACGCUACAAGGACUGCGCCAAGCAGCUCAACCGAAUAGCCAAGAUCAACGGCAAAGAUGUGGAAAUCACAGAGAAACUCCUCACGCAGAUGCUGCCCAACACAUCUGAGGAGAAGGUCUACGGCCUGGCGUCGUUGUUCUCGAGCUGGCGCCUCGCGAAGAACGCCAGCUUGCUGGUCUUGUGCUGGUCCAUCUGCUGCAUCGUCUACUUAUCCAUCAUUCUCAACAUUUCGCGCAUGGGAGGAAAUCCCUUCGUCAACUUCCUCUGGCAGAGCUUCAUUGAGCUCCCUGCCUCGGUGAUUGGACAGAAGAUGGGCGACGUCAUCGGCAGGCGCUACACCAACGCCAUUGGCUUCCUCCUGGCCGCACUGGGGUGCAUCCCGGUCAUAUACAUGGUGAAAAAUACAGAAUUGGAUUUUUACGCCACAGCAUUCACGGUUUUUGUGAAGUUCGCCAUCACCAUCAACUUUUUUGCUGUUAAUUUGCAAUCCAUGGAAACAUAUCCAACGUGCCUGCGGCAAACUGGAAUCUCCGUGGGUGCAAUUAUUGCCAAUAGUCUCGGAGUCCUGGGUCCAUACAUCGUGUAUCUGGGGACAAACUUCGAUGCCCGUUAUCCUUUCAUGAUAAUGGGUGUACUUCUGGUUAUCGGCGCCGUGUCCAGUCUCUUCCUUCCUGAAACCCUGCACGAGAAGCUACCGGAAACACUCCAAGAGGCCCAAGAAUUUGGCGCCAAUCAGCCCUUCUGGUGGUACCCGAGAGCACCGAAAGACGCCAAGCCAAAGCCCAAAUACGAAGAGAACGGUAUGAAGAGCGAAGAUGUGACGGAGAAGCUCAAUCAGCCCCAAUUUGAGCCGUGAAAACUGUGCCUUUCCACUACUAGCUCGAAAUUUUUAGAUUUAAUUCGCCACUCUUUUUUUAUUGCACAAUAAAACACCAGAAAGUCA